AUGGUUACAACAAUUUCACGUGAGGCAUCUUUUGGUAUCUCCCUUGGUUUACGGAUAUCUCAGAUAUGUUUUGCAAUAAUUGAAUUGAGUCUCUCAGGUUACACAAUAAAUGUACCUUUAGCUAGCGAUUUGUACUUCCCAACUCAAGCAUUUGGUAUUGCUGUAGGCUGUUUAUCAGUAGUAGAGGGUGCCUUCUUAUUGGGAAUGUUUCGAUACUUCCCACCUAUUUUUGUUCUCGUUUGUGAAGUUAUCAUGAGCAUACUUUGUCUUGCAUCCUUUGCGUAUUUUACCAAUUAUUAUCAAGUUGGUGGUAUUGUUGUAUAUAAUGCUUAUGGGUAUGGAGGCUAUUGGACGGGUUGGCCCAUAAUUAAGGCAGCGUGGGCUUUUUCUUUCUUGUUAUUUGUUAUACAUUUAGCAGAAAUGAUUCUUAUCGUUGUAUUUGUUAUGGUUCCAUUGGAAAAGAGUCCUCUCCUUGGUAAAACUAAAACAUUAGCACUCGGUUCCAUUUUUCCUGCUGAGGGUAUUGUUGGUGGGCAUGUCACCACAGUUGAAGAUGAUUAUGAAGCUGCUCAGGUUUAUCAUGAGAAGGAAUCCUCAGUUGGAGUUCAGACUGUUCCAAUCUCGCAGCACCAAGGGGCCCCGGAAAAUAAUCAAGUUACCGAGCCACCAGUGGUUUUGGGGAAUGAUCAACCUCCACCUUCGAAUGAAUACCCACCCCCAGGUCAUUCCUAA